AUGGCCAGCACUCGGGAUUCACACUCCUACGCCUGCGAUGAAUGUCGUUUGCGAAAAUCCAAGUGUUCGAAGGAGAAGCCAGUCUGCGCUCAAUGCAAGCAGUUGAACAAGGAGUGCAAGUAUAGUCCGAAGAUAACCAGGAGUCCUCUGACGCGACAACACCUAACUUACGUUGAAGACCGUUUGUAUGCUUUCGAAACAGCCCUAGGAAGGCUGUUUCCAGGAGGUGACCUGGAUGCAACGGUUCGUUCUCUACUACACGACCAAGAUGGCCCGAAACCUGGGUCAUCUUCCAAGUCUUCCUCUAGACAUUCCACUCCCGCUAAAACUGAGGCGGAUCGCACCGAACCAGCUCCGGAGGCCCUGCCGCAGAAGGCCGAUGGCUUUGAUUGGACUGAAAACAAAAUCACGGUGGGCGAUUUGACGGAUGGCAUGGCCUCCCUGUCUAUCAAGCCCGAAGGAACAGGCUACUUCGGUGCAUCCUCCAGUGUCGUCCCACUUCGUGCGUUGCUGAAGCAUGGUUUCGACCUGAAUUUCCCUGCCGGCCCAUCAAGGUCACAAAUUGGUCCGCCUCUGAAGUCACAACUUCUGAACACCGCACCUUCGGGUGUUGUCGAGCAGGCUUUCAUAGAUGCAUUCUUUCUCAAUUACCACUCCAGUUACCCCUUCGUCCAUGAAGCUACAUUUAGAGCGCAGUUCUACGAGCAGGCUCCUCGCCGCCAUGGCCAGGUGUGGCAGAUUCUCUUGAACACAAUUUUGGCUCUUGGGGCAUGGAGCAUUGGCGAUGAUAAUUCGGAUUUGGAUAUUACAUUCUACCAGGAGGCCAGAAGUCACCUACAGCAGGUGUCGGUGUUUGAAACCGGCAAUCUCACCCUCGUCCAAGCCCUACUCCUUCUGAGCAACUAUGCGCAGAAGAGAAAUAAGCCCAACACGGGCUGGAACUUUCUAGGCUUGGCGGUGAGGAUGGCGAUGAGUCUUGGUCUUCAUAAAGAGUUCCAUGGAUGGAAAAUCAGCCUUCUCCAGCGAGAGAUUCGAAGAAGAUUGUGGUGGGGAGUAUUCAUGUUCGACAGUGGUGCUGCGAAGACGUUUGGUCGGCCUAUCUUGCUACCUGAGGACCGAGUCAUGGAUGCGAAGCAUGUUAUGAAUAUCCACGAUGAGGCUCUCACCUCGACGACAACAACCUUGCCCACAGAAUUCAACGGACCCACACUCUAUUCCGGCAUGAUUGCGCAGACCAGAUUCCAUCUACUCACAAACAGUGUCUACCAGCGCCUCAUUUCUAGUCCAAGCUUGACACCAGAAGAAACCUUGAAUCUCCAAAAACCGAUGGAAGAGUGGUACAACGGUCUUCCGCAUUAUUUCAAACAACCUCCCCCGCUAUCAGAAUCAGACCCCUUUGCUUUAGUUCGCAACCGACUUUUGUGGAGAGAUUGGAACCUACGGAUUCUGGUCUACAGGCCAAUCUUGCUUCGCUGGGCGUCAAGAAGAUGGACUCCUAACGCAUCGACCGACUAUGAGGAGGAUCCUCUAGAGGGAGACUGCCGAAAGCUUUGUCUUCGGAAUGCACGGCUGACUAUCUCUUCCAUCACGGAUUUUGUUAACAAACAUAUCUGCACUAGAAUCGGUGCAUGGUAUAUGCUAUAUUUCCUUUUCCAGGCUGGAAUCAUCCCUAUCAUUCUGCUCAUGACGGACCCCACCAGCGCAGAGGCCCCGGCUUGGCUCCAGGAUAUUGAGGCGACAAAGAGUCUCUUAAUGAAUCCGUCCCUCAGUAACCACCGUCUUGCCACUCGCUAUCUAGAAGUUGUGAACCGGCUCUGUUCCCCGGCAUAUACUGCUUCCGUCGCCAACGGGUCCACGCAACAACCGCCGAUCCUGAUGCAAUUUUCUGACCAGCUAUUCAACGACCCUACCAUGGGCUACAUGUUCCCGGACGUCGACCAAGAAUUGAAUCUCGGAGGCAUGGAUUUCUCCGAUUGGGUCAACUUCGCGCCACAGGGGGAUUUCGCCUGA